AUGUGGGCAAGGGGAGAGGGGAGAGUCCUGAAAUUGAACCGGAGGGAAGAGUUGAUGAAAUUAUGGCCCUGUGGGAAGGAGCUGACACCAGAAGGUGGCGGAUGAGUGGGAACUGGCCAGGGUCAGCAUGAGGCCAGGGCUGUGGACUCAGGAGGCAGGAUGCUAGGGCUGCCUGGCUGGUUUGGUGUCUGAGCAUCCCCAGACACCCCAGGGUCUGGGAGAGCAGCUCAAAGGUGGGUUUCUUCCACCUUUGGGCUCCUAGUUGCCUAAGAACCGGGUGGGGGUGGGGACCAAGAGGUCUGGGCUCCCCUGGAGGUCUGAUGGUAGGAUGGGCCUGUGGGUGUGGGAGAGGUAGCUGGAGCAGAUGACACAGGCACAGAUUCUUUACAGGCUGGAAGGGAAACCACAGAUUGGCCAGGACACAGGAGGCAGAGGAGCUGGGUCCCAGGUUCCUGUGGGAGAGAGCCAGACAGCAGGAGGGUCGAAGUCUUCAGUGGGCAGCUGUUCUCACCCAGAGCGAGUGUGCUGAACCCCCCCAGGGCGGGAGGAGGAGCAUUUAGGGGCAUUUAGAGCCAAACCCAGCCGUGUGAAGAGAAACUGCCUUCCCAUUUCUGCGCUGUGGGCACCAGGUGCUACUCCUGCCUUGAGAUCAACACAGUGACUCCUUUGCGCCACCUGGUGGGGGCAUCUCACAUUCGCGGGGCGCUGUUGCUGUAUUUCCAACUGAGCCUCAGGCCUGCCGGUUCUGGUUCUCCGAGUGGCAGUAAGGAAGGCACAACGCCUUGUCCUCUGACAGCAACAAGGGUUGGAUUUCCAGGAGUGAUCGACCUGCUGACUCUGGGCGAGUCCCGGCAGAUGGUAGCUGUGGCGGAGAAGAUUCGGACAGCCCUGCUCACCGCUGGGGACAUCUACCUCUUGUCCACCUUCCGUCUGCCCCCCAAGCAGGGUGGUGUCCUCUUUGGCCUCUACUCUCGCCAAGACAACACACGAUGGCUGGAGGCCUCUGUUGUGGGCAAGAUCAACAAAGUGCUGGUGCGGUACCAGCGGGAGGAUGGCAAAGUCCACGCGGUGAACCUACAGCAAGCAGGCCUGGCAGAUGGGCGCACACACACCGCUCUCCUGCGACUCCGAGGCCCGUCCAGACCCAGCCCUGCCCUGCAGCUGUACGUGGACUGCAAACUGGGCGACCAGCAUGCUGGCCUUCCGGCACUGGCCCCUAUUCCUCCAGCAGAGGUCAAUGGGCUGGAGAUUAGGACUGGACAGAAGGCUUAUUUGAGGAUGCAGGGCUUCGUGGAAUCAAUGAAAAUGAUUCUGGGCGGGUCCAUGGCCCGGGUCGGAGCCCUGAGUGAGUGUCCGUUCCAGGGGGAUGAGUCCAUCCACAGUGCAGUGGCCAGUGCACUCCACUCCAUCCUAGGGGAACAGACCAAAGCGCUGGUCACCCAACUCACCCUCUUCAACCAGAUCCUGGUAGAGCUGCGGGAUGAUAUCCGAGACCAGGUGAAAGAAAUGUCCCUGAUCCGAAACACCAUCAUGGAGUGUCAGGUGUGCGGCUUCCACGAACAGCGCUCCCACUGCAGCCCCAACCCCUGCUUCCGAGGCGUGGACUGCAUGGAGGUGUACGAGUACCCAGGCUACCGCUGUGGGCCCUGCCCCCCCGGCCUCCAGGGCAACGGCACCCACUGCACUGACAUCAAUGAGUGCGCUCACGCCGACCCUUGUUUCCCGGGCUCCAGUUGCAUCAACACCAUGCCCGGCUUCCACUGUGAGGCCUGUCCCCGAGGCUACAAAGGCACACGGGUGUCUGGCGUGGGCAUUGACUAUGCCCGGGCCAGCAAGCAGGUCUGCAACGAUAUCGAUGAAUGCAAUGAUGGGGACAACGGCGGCUGUGACCCAAACUCCAUCUGCACCAAUACUGUGGGCUCUUUCAAGUGUGGUCCCUGUCGUUUGGGCUUCCUGGGCAACCAGAGCCAUGGCUGCUUCCCAGCCCGGACCUGCCACAGCCCAGCCCACAGCCCCUGCCAUGUCCACGCGCACUGUCUCUUUGAACGCAAUGGUGCAGUGUCCUGCUCGUGCAACGUGGGCUGGGCCGGGAAUGGGAACGUGUGCGGGCCUGACACAGACAUUGAUGGGUACCCGGACCAGGCGCUGCCCUGCAUGGACAACAACAAACACUGCAAGCAGGACAACUGCCUUCUGACACCCAACUCUGGGCAGGAAGAUGCGGAUAACGAUGGCGUGGGGGACCAGUGUGAUGAUGAUGCUGAUGGGGACGGGAUCAAGAAUGUUGAGGACAAUUGCCGGCUGUUCCCCAACAAGGACCAGCAAAACUCAGAUACAGAUUCAUUUGGUGAUGCCUGUGACAACUGCCCCAACGUUCCCAACAAUGACCAGAAGGACACAGAUGGCAAUGGGGAAGGGGAUGCCUGUGACAACGACGUGGAUGGGGAUGGCAUCCCCAAUGGACUGGACAAUUGCCCUAAAGUCCCCAACCCCCUGCAGACAGACAGGGAUGAAGACGGGGUGGGAGAUGCUUGCGACAGCUGCCCUGAAAUGAGCAAUCCUACCCAGACAGAUGCAGACAGUGACCUGGUGGGGGAUGUCUGUGACACCAAUGAAGACAGCGAUGGGGAUGGACAUCAGGACACCAAGGACAAUUGCCCGCAGCUGCCCAAUAGCUCCCAGCUGGACUCAGACAAUGAUGGACUUGGAGAUGAGUGUGAUGGGGACGAUGACAAUGAUGGUGUCCCAGAUUACGUGCCUCCUGGUCCCGAUAACUGUCGCCUGGUACCCAAUCCCAAUCAGAAAGAUUCAGAUGGCAAUGGUGUUGGUGACGUGUGUGAGGAUGACUUCGACAACGAUGCAGUAGUCGACCCCCUGGAUGUGUGCCCCGAGAGCGCAGAGGUGACCCUCACGGAUUUCCGGGCCUAUCAGACCGUCGUCCUGGAUCCUGAGGGUGAUGCUCAGAUUGACCCCAACUGGGUCGUGCUCAACCAGGGCAUGGAGAUCGUUCAGACCAUGAACAGUGACCCGGGCCUAGCAGUGGGAUAUACGGCCUUCAAUGGUGUGGACUUUGAAGGCACCUUCCACGUGAACACAGUGACGGAUGAUGACUACGCAGGCUUCCUCUUCAGCUAUCAGGACAGCGGCCGCUUCUACGUAGUCAUGUGGAAGCAAACGGAGCAGACCUACUGGCAGGCCACACCUUUCCGGGCUGUUGCCCAGCCCGGGCUACAGCUCAAGGCAGUGACAUCGGUGUCUGGCCCAGGUGAGCACCUCCGGAAUGCCCUGUGGCAUACGGGCCACACCCCUGAUCAGGUACGGCUGCUGUGGACUGACCCACGAAAUGUGGGCUGGCGUGACAAGACCUCCUACCGCUGGCAGUUGCUGCACCGGCCUCAAGUUGGCUACAUUCGGGUGAAGCUUUAUGAGGGUCCCCAGCUAGUGGCGGAUUCUGGGGUGAUCAUUGACACAUCCAUGCGUGGGGGGCGUCUUGGUGUAUUCUGCUUCUCCCAAGAAAACAUCAUUUGGUCCAAUCUCCAGUAUCGAUGCAAUGACACAGUUCCCGAGGACUUUGAGCCAUUCCGGAGGCAGCUGCUCCAGGGAAGAGUGUGAAGAGGUGGCCACCGGAUUCAGAAUCCUGAUUUUGGACCUUCUGGCCUUGGGGUCCAUCCUGGAGACCUUGGGGUCUACUCUACAGCCCCUCAGCCAAACACAGACCCUCCUCUGGCACACACCGGGAGUUCAGCCCCAGAGGGGUGGUGACCUCACUGUUGAGGAGACGGGAAGUUUUCAAGGGGUAUUUCUCAGGCACUGACCCCAGGAAAGAUAACAGCACAUUGCUAUAAAGUUCCAGUUGUUUUCUAA